UUUCAAUACGUGUCCAACAGUUUCACAUUCAUUGGAGGAGAUUAUUGUCCAGGUGCGAAAAUGAAGAUGCUCGCUAUUUUGACUUUAACAUUGGUAUUACACCUUUGUUAUGGGGCAGAUUUUGAAUCGUGUGAAAAGAAAGUCAUAAUGGAAAUCGAAAAAAACGUGGUUGGCUCGAUUUAAAAGUGAAGUCAUUGGUGACUUCUGUGCAACGAAACAGGCCGAAGUUAAUGGUUGGAGUGCUGCCCUUGCCUCUUGCGGUGAUGACACGUCUGCAGACAUGAUACAAUUACAGCUGCUCUAUUGGGGAAUCAAUAUAAAAGAGAAUGAACAGGAAUGUCCCGGUCUGAAUGUGGAUGAGAAAAUUUUAAAAUAUCUGACACCAAGUAGUGUUAAUAAGAUGAAUGAAAUGAAGCAGGCGAGAGAAGAUCUCUCUCCAGCUGAACGUAGCUGUAUGCUGAAAGCAGAGGACAACAUUUUUAUAGCGGCGCAAAAUCGCACAACUGAGGUCCUUGCUGAUAGUGGUUCAAUAGUCACAGACGUGUGUGAUGAAUUCAUCAACCAAUGGCAAAUCAACACGAUCCCAGAGCUUGAAAAAGCCUGCAAUGAGCCGUCAGCUGCCUUGCGUACGAUUGCGCUAGAAUGGCCGGAAUCUGUCAAGAACAUAUUUAGUCCACUGAAGGGCACUGCAGCAUGUGACGCAAGCACAGCCAGAGCAAUGACACAAUAAUUGAAGAACUGGAAGAAAUUCAUAUUUCAUGUGAAUCUUAACCAUAUAAUGCAAAUAGAAAAUUUCCACAGCAAAACAUAUGACAAUUUCAAAAUAUAUAGGUCUGGG